AUGGAGCAGCAGGAAGAGUUGCAGAAGCAGCAGCAGGAACAGCAACAACCGCAGCAGCAGCAACAACAGCGACAACUGCAGCAGCAGCAGCAGCAACAGCGACAAUCCCAGCAGCAGCAGCAGCAGCCCGUUGUGCACACGGCUACUGCUCGCCUCUUAGAACAGCGACAAAGUGAGAUCUUGCGUCUGCAGCAGCAAUUGGAGGAGCAGCAAGCUAUCAGGCUGCGGCAUGAGCAGCAGUUGCUGCUGCAGCAGCAGCAACAGCAGCAGCUGGAGGCCUACUGUAUGCUUCUGCAGGUGCCGUCACCCUCCCUCGAUUUGCUGCAGCAGCUGCAACAGCUACAGCAAACCGCUACUCAACAGCAGCAGCAGCACGAGCAGUUACUGCAGCCUCAGAGGCAGCAGCAGACGCACUCGCCACUGCAGCAGCAGCAGCAACACCAGCAGCAACUGGAAGAGUUGCAAUAUCAGCAGAAGCAGCAGCAGCAGCAGCAGCAAGUGUCCUUGGAGAGCUGCUGCAGAGAUCUCUCCGAUGCGCAGCUAUUCGAGCUGCCUCAGUCAGUCAUCGGACACCAUAAAAAGCAGCAGAAGCAGCAGCAGCAGCAGCAGCAGCAAAGAGUGCAGCAAGAGAACCAGCAGCAGCCGCCACAGCUGCAGCAGCAGCAGGAGCAGCAGCAAUUUGUUGCUGCGAGGUGUCGAUCCUGCGGCUGCUUCCUCCGGCGACUGAUAUGUUCGUGCUGCUGCAGUGCAGCGCUGCAGCAGCAAAAGUGGCGGCUCCCGUUGCUGCGGCAGCAGCAGCAGCAGCUGCAACAGCAGCUGCAACAGCAACUCGAGCCUCUGCUGCAGCAACGCAUGCGUUCACAACAGCAGUUAUUUAAUAAUAUCAGACCAGAGGAGGAGGCUGCUGCGCUUCCCCAGGAAAGGCAGCAGCAGCAGCAGCGGAAGAUAUUGUUGCAGCAGCAGCAGCUGCUGCUGAAGCGGAAGCAGCAACGAGUGCAGCAGCUGCGGCAGCUACGGAGCCUUAAAGAGAGACAACUAGAAGAAGCGGAGAACACGCACGCCUGCUUGCUGCGCUUACGAAGGCAGCAGCGCCAAUCCCUCUUUCGUCUCCUUCAGGCAGCAGCUGAGCUGGAGAAAAACGACCACUGCAGCAGCAGCAGCAGCAGCCACUGCAACAGCAGCAGCAGCAGCAGCAGCACGCUGCAGCAGUUUUGCCGAGGCUGGAAUGGAAGCGUCAGCAGGGCGGCAGCAAAGAAGAGAGACUCAGGAGAAAGGUGUCCCCCUCUUAUCACGAGCAGCAGCAACAAAGCAGCAGCAGCGCGACGAGCAGCAGCAGCAGCAGCAGCAGCAGCAAGAGAUCUGCACACAAGGGAUGCAGGAACAGCAGCAGCAGCAGCAGCAGCAGCAUCAUCCAAGGCUGCCGUUGCUGCUGCAGCUUCUGUAGUGUCUGCGAGCCUUGCCGUUGCUGGUGGGCCCUGGAGCAGUUCCCCUUCACUUGCAGCAGCAGCGAGACGAGCAGCAGCAGCAGCAGCAGCAGCAGCAGCACCAGCAGCAGCAGCUCCAGAAGAACGCACACUGAGGAGACUCGCAGCAAUGGAGGCGGCGCUGCAGCGGCUGAGGAGACAGCGAGUGCAGCAGUUGCUGCAGCUUUUCAAUGCCAGCUGGCUGCUGCACGCCCCUUCAGGGCAGACAGCAGCAGCAGCAGCUGCUGCUGCUGCUGCAACAGCAACGUCAGCAGCAGCAGCAGCAGCUUCUGCUGCUGAUGAAGGAGAGGCCACUUGGAUCGAGUUUAGGGAAGCCUUUAUUUCUGCAGAGAAAAGCAAAGAAAAUUGUGGGGCCCCUGGGGGCCCCCAGAAGCCACUGAGGUGGAGGCUGUGGUCGUUAACUUGCUUCGCUAUGCUGCUGCAGCAGCUUGCUGCUGUUCUGCAUGUGCCGCUGCCGCAGCAGCUGCUGCUGCCGGGGCUGCAGCAGCAGCAGCUGCAGCAGAUACUCCGGAACCAACUUGGUGCCCAGAGGAGGAAGCAGCAGCGCCGGAAUGACGUGCUGCAGCAGCUGCAGCAGCAGCUGCAGCAGCAGCAACAGCAGCUGCAGCUGCUGCAGCAACAGCAGCAACAACAGCAGCAGCAACAGCAGCAGCAGCAGCAGCAGCAACAGCAGCAGGUGUCAUUGAUAGCACCAACCGCUACUCCUCAACGAAAUAGCAUCCAUCCCCUGCAGGGUUGUGCUGCUGCUGCGGCUCCUGCAGCAAAGACAGAGACGAAAUCAGCAGCAACACCAGCAGCAGCAGCAGCUGAAGCAACAACAGCAGCACCUCUUUCUUCAACACCUCGGAAGCCCUCAAUGAAAAGGCAGCAGGGGGAAAGCAGACCUCGAAACAGCAGCAGGAGCAGCAGCAGCAGCAGCAGCAGUAGAAGCAGCAAAAGCAGGAGUUGCUUACCCACCGAAGCAAUCAGCAGCGGCGCUGCUGUCGAUGUGGGGGCUCCCUUUGUUAGUGUAGCUCUCAGCUCAAACAGCAGCUGCAGCAGCAGCAGCAGCAACAGCAGCAGCAGCAGCAAUGAGCUAGGCCGAAGGCAGCUAGCGCACCGGCAGCCUCUCCAGCAGCAGCAGCAACAGCAGCAGCAGCAGCAGCAGAUUGCCAAGUCGCAUAUCAGCACCGCCAGCUGCAGCAAACUGAUAGACCGAGUGUAUACCCUUGCAGCAGGCGCUGGCGGGUACCGAAGAGGGAGACUCGGUAGCAGCAGCAGCAGUAGUAGCAACAGCAGCAGCAGCAGCAACAGCAGCAGCAGCAGCAGCAGUGCUUCGCGAGCCGACGCCGUGUCGCGCCUGCUGCAGAAAGGGCAGCAUCUACUCAGCAGCAUCAUAACAGAGACAGUUGCUGCAGCAAUCUCCCCACGUGCUGCAGCUCCUGCUGCUGCGGCGGCUCGUGCUGCUCCUGCCUCUCCUCAAGCCAGGCUGCUGAGCGUCUCUUCUGCUGUGCUGGAGCCAAACAGCAGCAGCAACAGCAACGGCAGCAGCGACAGAAGCAGCAGCAGCAGCAGCAGCACGCCGUCAUUACUACCAAUCGACUCCACCCCGAAUCCUUUCGAUCCAACAGCAGCAGCAGCAGCAGCAGCUGCUGCUGCGGCUUCUGCUGCAGCAGCAGCAGACGAUGACGGCAGCGAGGAAUCUGACUGUGUGCUGCUGGAGUUGUCUGUACACCAGCAGCAGGCGCGGCUACGGAGGCAGCAGCAGCAGCAGCAGCGCAUGCAGCAGCAGCUGCUUCGGGAAUCGCUCCCAUUCUUUUCUUGGAGUGCCCACCAAAUGGUUGCUGCUGCUGCUUCUGCAACUGCAGCAGCAGCAGCAGCAGCCCCUUAUACAACAGCAGCAGCAGCAACAACAACAACAACAAAUGCCGAUGGCUGCACCGUACAUUCCCCACGCUGCAUUACGUCAUCUGAACAGCAGCAGCUCCUGCUGCAGCAACGCGACGCUUCUGUUGCUGCUGUUGCUGCGCAGCAGCAGCAGCAGCAGCAAAGAACCCACGGACGGAAAGGCGGUUUGAACAGGCACGGCAGCGGGAGUUCCCGGAAAGCGGGUCCUGCUGCUGCUGCUACUGCAACUGCUGCUGCUGCUGCUUCAGGUGCAGCAGCAGCCGCAGUAGCAGUAGCAGCAGCAGCAGACGGACCCGCUGCAGUAGACGGUGCAGCAGCAACUGGCGGCAGCAGCAGCAGCUUUGAGGGCUGCUGCCUCUUUGCUUCUCGGAUACAGCAGCAACAGCAGCUGCGCAUGCAUCGAGCGCAGCAGCUUCUGCAGUACCAGCAGCAGCUGCUCCGGCGAGAGGCAGAAGCAGAGGUGAAGCAGCAAAACAACUUGCAGCAGCUGCUGCAGCGAGUCAGCAGCAACAACUUUCGGGUCCCCCUGCUGCUGCAUGCAGCAGCAAACACGUGUGUGUUUGUGUCGAUGGAUGAAGCGGCUGAGGCUGCUGCUGCUCUCCGGCGCACUCUCUUUGCUUUUUGUUCGAGUCAGGGGGUUGAGGGCAGCGAAGGUGCUGCAGAUCUCCUGGGGCUUCUCGCAGCAGCCCUCAACUUCCCCGACUUUGGAAGGACAUGCUUUUUAAGAGCACCCAGACAGCCACCCCCAGAAGAACGCUCGACGGCUACAGGAGACCCUGAUGCUGACGAUUGGCUGUUGAUAGAAUUAGAUGAAGAUAUUCUGGAGACCUUUGAAGCCUCAGACCCCGCUGUCAUCGAGUGGGCAGCAGCUGCUGCUGCUGCUGCAGAUAGCAGCAGCGGCAGCAACAGCAGCAGCACUCCUCAUGGAAACUGCGCCGGCAGUUCUUCUCGCGGCCCUCCUCUUCGCCGCAGUCUUCUUGCCAUCAUCACUCUCUGUUCUCCUUAG